CGCGUCAGAAGGCGCGUUCACGUCCACGCGCUCCCAUCAGGAACACAACACUGGCGUUUGUCCUCCGUCCUCCAGCAUGAACACCGCCCGGCUCUGUGGAUUCUGAAGCCCGCUCUCACACCCCAUCUCGGACCGGCGUCAAGGCUCCUCCACACGACCCCCUCGCUCGCCGCCACCACCACCACCGCGGUUCUACCGCCUCCCUCCAGCCGCAGUCCGCCGGCCCAGCCAGGGGAGGAGGAGGAGGGUGGGAGUGACACCAUGUCCAGCAGCCCCGAAGAGGCUCUCUCCAGGGGCGGCGGCUCCGACCUCAAACUGGCCUCCUCCAACAACACGUCGCCGGAGGGCACGCAGCCGCCGCCGAUGCACCAGAGCCGGAUAAGGCAGUCGGACAGCAACACCAGUUUCCUGCGGGCGGCCAGAGCUGGAAACAUCGAUAAAGUCCUGGAGUUCUUGAAGAAUGGCGUGGACAUCAGCACGUGCAACCAGAAUGGACUGAAUGCCUUGCAUUUGGCAGCCAAAGAGGGACACCAGGAUCUCGUGGAGGAACUGUUGGACAGAGGAGCACCUGUUGACUCGUCCACUAAGAAAGGAAACACUGCCCUCCACAUCGCCUCGCUGGCCGGGCAGAAGGAGGUAGUCCGCCUGUUAGUGAAGAGAGGAGGUGACGUCAAUUCGCAGUCUCAGAAUGGCUUCACUCCGCUCUACAUGGCGGCACAGGAGAACCACCUGGAGGUGGUGAGGUACAUGCUGGAGAACGAGGGAAACCAGAGCAUUGCAACAGAGGACGGUUUCACCCCGCUGGCCAUCGCCCUGCAGCAAGGCCACAACUCUGUGGUUUCCCUCUUGCUGGAGCACGACACCAAAGGCAAAGUGCGCCUUCCCGCCUUGCACAUCGCGGCGCGCAAGGACGACACCAAGUCGGCCGCGCUGCUGCUCCAGAACGACCACAACGCCGACGUGCAAUCCAAGAGCGGUUUCACCCCUCUGCACAUCGCCGCUCACUAUGGCAACGUGAAUGUCUCCACCCUGUUGCUGAACAGAGGAGCCGCUGUGGACUUCACAGCAAGGAACGGAAUAACGCCUCUGCACGUGGCCUCCAAGAGAGGCAACACCAACAUGGUGGUCCUGCUGCUGGACCGAGGCGCUCAGAUCGACGCUAAAACCAGGGAUGGACUGACUCCCUUACACUGCGCAGCCAGAAGUGGGCACGAUCCUGCGUUGGAGUUGCUGCUGGAGAAAGGAGCCCCCAUCUUGGCCAGGACCAAGAACGGACUGUCCCCGCUGCACAUGUCGGCCCAGGGCGACCACGUGGAGUGCGUGAAGCUGCUGCUGCAGCACAAGGCGCCGGUGGACGACGUGACGCUGGACUACCUGACGGCGCUGCACGUCGCCGCCCACUGCGGACACUACCGGGUCACCAAGCUGCUGCUGGACAAAAAGGCCAACCCCAACGCCCGAGCACUGAAUGGAUUCACGCCGCUGCACAUCGCCUGCAAGAAGAACCGAGUGAAGGUGAUGGAGCUGCUGGUGAAGUACGGAGCAUCCAUCCAGGCCAUCACGGAGUCGGGCUUGACUCCCAUCCACGUCGCUGCCUUCAUGGGCCACCUCAACAUCGUUCUACUUCUGCUUCAGAACGGCGCCUCGCCCGACGUCCGCAACAUUCGCGGUGAGACGGCUCUGCACAUGGCAGCCCGGGCGGGCCAGAUGGAAGUGGUGCGCUGUCUGCUGAGGAACGGAGCACUCGUGGACGCCAUGGCCAGGGAGGACCAGACCCCUCUUCACAUCGCGUCCCGUCUGGGGAAGACCGACAUUGUGCAGCUGCUCCUCCAGCACAUGGCCCACCCGGACGCCGCCACCGUCAACGGCUACACCCCCCUGCACAUUUCAGCCCGGGAGGGCCAGGUGGAGACCGCCGCCGUGCUGCUGGAGGCCGGCGCGUCGCACUCGAUGGCCACCAAGAAGGGAUUUACUCCGCUACAUGUAGCAGCUAAGUACGGAAGCCUCGAUGUAGCAAAACUGCUCCUACAGCGUAAAGCUCUCACUGAUGACGCAGGCAAGAAUGGCCUGACUCCGCUCCACGUGGCGGCUCAUUAUGACAACCAAGAGGUGGCGCUCCUGCUGCUGGACAAAGGGGCAUCGCCUCACGCCACCGCAAAGAACGGCUACACGCCGCUUCACAUCGCCGCCAAGAAGAACCAGACCAACAUCGCCUUGUCGCUGCUGCAGUACGGCGCUGAGACCAACGUGCUGACUAAGCAGGGAGUCAGUCCGCUGCAUCUAGCGGCGCAGGAGGGACACGCCGAGAUGGCCGGCCUGCUGCUGGGCAAAGGAGCUCACAUCAACGCGGGAACCAAGAGUGGACUGACUCCUCUGCACCUCACGGCACAAGAGGACCGGGUCAGUGCCGCAGAGGUGUUGGCCAAACAUGAUGCCAACGUGGACCAGCAGACCAAGCUUGGCUACACGCCCCUGAUAGUCGCCUGUCACUACGGAAACGCCAAGAUGGUCAACUUCUUGCUACAGCAAGGUGCCGGUGUCAACGCCAAAACCAAGAACGGGUACACACCUCUCCACCAGGCCGCACAACAAGGGAACACGCAUAUCAUCAAUGUUCUGCUGCAGCACGGGGCCAGACCGAGUGCCACCACAGUGAAUGGAAACACAGCCUUGUCUAUCGCCAGGCGUCUGGGUUACAUCUCAGUGGUGGACACGCUGAAAGUGGUCACCGAGGAAGUCACCACCACCACGACAACGGUCACGGAGAAACACAAACUCAAUGUGCCGGAGACCAUGACGGAAAUACUGGAUGUGUCGGAUGAAGAAGGUGAGGACACGAUGACAGGUGACGGCAGCGAGUACCUGAGAGCAGAGGACCUCCGUGAGCUUGGAGACGACUCCCUGCCGGGACACUACUUGGACAGCUUCAGCUACAUGAGCCACAACCUGGACAGGCCUCAGCACCAAAGCUUCCAUCAGAGCGAAGGUCUUCUCAUUGAGGACAUGAUCACAAGCCACCAGGUGUCAGCUCUGUCCAGAGAGCAAGAUAAAGACUCCUUCCGUCUGAGCUGGGGGGCGGAGCAUCUGGAUAAUGUGGUGCUGUCCUCCAGCCUGUUGCACUCUGGCCGUUCGUCUCCCUGCCUAGACCUUGACAACAGCAGCUUUCUGGUCAGUUUCAUGGUAGACGCGAGAGGCGGGGCCAUGCGUGGCUGUCGUCACAAUGGCCUCAGGAUCAUCGUCCCGCCAAGGAAGUGCUCCGCGCCCACCAGGGUGACUUGCAGGCUGGUGAAGAGACACCGCCUGGCCUCCAUGCCCCCCAUGGUGGAAGGGGAGGGCCUGGCCGGGCGCAUCAUCGAAGUGGGACCGACCGGAGCCCAGUUUUUGGGUAAGCUCCACCUUCCCACAGCUCCGCCCCCUUUGAAUGAGGGCGAGAGCCUGGUCAGUCGCAUCCUGCAACUGGGUCCUCCAGGAACCAAGUUCCUCGGGCCUGUGAUUGUGGAGAUCCCACAUUUCGCUGCUCUCCGGGGCACCGAGAGAGAGUUGGUCAUCUUGAGGAGCGAAACAGGAGAAAACUGGAGGGAGCACCAUUGUGAUUUCACUGAAGAGGAACUCAACCAGAUACUUAACGGCAUGGAUGAAAAACUGGAUUCCCCCGAGGAGCUUGAGAAAAAAAGGAUCUGCCGAAUCAUCACGCGAGACUUUCCGCAGUAUUUUGCUGUGGUGUCUCGCAUAAAGCAGGACAGUCAUCUGAUUGGCCCAGAGGGCGGCGUCCUUAGUAGCACACUUGUUCCUCAGGUCCAGGCUGUCUUCCCCGAGGGAGCCCUCACUAAGAAAAUCCGUGUUGGGCUACAGGCUCAGCCUAUUGAAGUUGACGUGGUGAGAAAGAUCCUUGGCAACAAGGCGACAUUCAGCCCGAUUGUCACACUGGAACCAAGAAGGCGGAAGUUCCAUAAACCGAUCACCAUGACGAUCCCCAUUCCUAAGAGUUCAAACAGUGAAGGUCCUGGAUCAGUGUAUAGCGGGGAGACCCCUACUUUACGUUUACUUUGCAGUAUUACAGGAGGGACUACACCAGCUCAGUGGGAGGACAUCACUGGGUCUACACCGCUUACCUUUGUUAAUCAGUGUGUUUCCUUCACCACCAAUGUGUCAGCAAGGUUCUGGCUGAUAGACUGUCGACAGGUUCAGGAUUCUGUCAGUUUCGCCUCUCAGUUGUAUCGAGAGAUCAUCUGUGUGCCAUACAUGGCUAAGUUCGUCAUCUUUGCAAAGACUUUAGACCCCAUUGAGGCUCGACUACGCUGUUUCUGCAUGACUGACGACAAAAUGGACAAGACUCUGGAGCAGCAAGAGAACUUCACUGAAGUGGCUCGAAGCCGAGAUGUUGAGGUCCUGGAAGGAAAACCCAUAUUUGCGGACUGUUUUGGAAAUCUGGUGCCUCUUACCAAGAGUGGACAGCAUCAUGUGUUCAGCUUCUUCGCCUUCAAAGAGAACAGACUAGCGCUCUUCAUUAAAAUUAGGGACACGGCCCAGGAGCCAUGCGGCCGCCUUUCCUUCACGAAAGAACCACGCACAUACCGCAGUUUGAACCACAAUGCAAUCUGCAACCUUAACAUAACCCUGCCAACAUAUUCAAAGGAGUCUGAUUCAGACCAAGACGUGGAUGACGAGAGUGAAAAGAGUGACAAGAAAUUGGAUUGGCAAGAUGAUGCUGACAGGAAAGAGGAGACAUUAGCCAUCAUUGCAGAUCUCCUCGGCUUUAGCUGGACUGAGCUGGCAAGGGAACUUGAAUUCAGUGAGGAUGACAUCCAGUCAGUUAGGUCAGAGAAUCCUAAUUCACUUCAAGAGCAGAGUCAUGCCUUGCUUCAGCGAUGGGCUGAACGAGAAGGCAAACAUGCCACGGAGGACUGCCUGAUUAAAAGACUGACCAAGAUCAACCGCAUGGACAUUGUUCAUCUAAUUGAAACCCAGAUGAACAAGUCAAUUCAAGAGCAAACCUCAAGAACGUAUGCUGAGAUUGAGAAAACACUGGACCAUAGUGAAGUCUCAGUGGCUCUGUCUUCAGUGCAAGAGGAUGUUGACAGCCCCAGAAUUGUGAGAAGGAUAGAGUCCGAUCGCAAGCCACCCCCGGCUGUUUCUGAGGAGGACCUCUCCGUCGCUUCUCUGUUAGACAUUCCUUCAUGGGCGGAGCCUGCUGGACAUACUCACUCAGAGAGCAUGCAUGGUGACCUGUUGGAGGAGCUUGAGAUCACACAUGAACUGAAACCAAGCCUGUGGACCUCAGAUGAUGUAAAUUCACAUGAACGUACACGCUUUGUCAACUUGGAUGAGCAAGCUGAUGAAAUGCCUGACCUUCCAACUCAGUCUGUGACAGAAGAAAAGUACAAAGAUGAAAAUGGUCACAUUGUUGUUAGAAAGGUUUCUAGAAAAAUUAUUCGCAAGUGUGUUUCUUCGGAUGGUGUGGAGCGCGAGGAGGUCUCAAUAGAGGGAACCCCCCACGGGUCCAUCAGUGUUGCAGAAGGAGACAGCUACUCCAAAGUGGUGAAGCGAACUGUACUCAAGAGUGGGGGAGACCAUACUGAGGUUACAUUCUCUGAAUGUGAGGGUUUCUCAACAUCACAAGAGACCUCUGAGAUCCGUAAAGUCAGCCUGGCAGAACGAACCACAGUAGUAGAGGGUAAAAGAACAGUGACACACAAAGGAGACAUGUCGUUGGCCUCGGACCUCCCCUCAGCCCAAGAUGACUUCAAACAGGCUUUAGAUUACAUAGGUGGUUUAACCAGAGCAGAUCUACCCCAUGUGGUGGAAAGUGAGACCGUCAAAGAGGAUGGAACUGUGGUCAGAAGGGCCCACGUGCGUGAAGGUCAGACCCUCAGACAGACGGUGGUGCAGGGAGCUGGGCAGCGCAAACAGGUCCUUCUCGAGCAAGUGGACGGCCCCGCCGAGGGCUCCAUACCCCACGAACUCCAGCGGCAUCUGCACCAGCUCUUUCACCACUUCUACCAAGAACAAGAGGAGGACCGUGACGGCGACGAGGAACAGUAGAAGAAUGUGUAACGCACUAAUUUAAGGUCCCCCCCCCCCCCCCCCCCCCGCACCUCCCACUACUUCUCCUAUGCAUUUUGCCACAUGUAAUCUUAGCGCGCACCUACAAGCUAGCAGUCUUCCCGUUUCAGCCAAACAAACGUCGUCCAUGAUGAGACAUUUCCUUCCCUCGCUGGGUGUGUUCCAGAAUUUAUCGUUUGCCUUGUUUUGUGACCAAAGAUGAGCUGUUUUUUUCCUGAUCAGUCUUAGGUUUCAUGUCAACAAAGUCUUGUCAUCUAAAAAAAAAAAAAAAAAAAAUGCCAUUCAGAGUUAGCCCACUUGAACACUUGACCUCGGAACCACUCUCUGGUGAGGACGCUCGGACGUGGCGAUAAAUCGCAGACAGACUUUGCGGAAUAAUCCCGGCAAAGAAUAGUCAUCGCACUCGAGUCACGUCGAGUGCGUUUAUUUAACCACUGCUGCUGCUGCUGUUGUGUUUACGUGUAGGCCGCGUGUAAUCCGUCUUUCGGGCAUUCUGAUAUACAAGAAUUUCAUCUAAUCUAGACAAUACCGACAUCUGUAGCCUAGGGGUGAUUAAUCAACGGUGUGGAAAAAGAGCAAGCAUGACUAAUCAACAUCAGCUUUGUCGUUUUCAUCUUGUUUGUGCGUUAUGUUUUAAUCAGACAGACUUUUCUCCGCACUGCGUCCUAAAUGAUUGACGGUCUUACCGCGUGAACGGUGACCGUGCUGUCGGUUGUUAUGUCCUCGGUCCCUGCAUCGGAUUCAUUUUGAGCGAGUGGUAGAAACGUUACUCUGGUGUCCGAAAAUUAGAUUACACUAAGGAAGGGAUUCAUAUGGCCCCAUUCCUGGACAGGGGGCAUGCAGUCUGCUGAAAUGAUGGAAAGUGCCACUCUAGGUGGGGGGAAAUGAUAGAUUUUUAGAUGCAUCGCAUUUGGGACGUGGGCAAUUGUAAAAUCCAUGAGUAAAUGUCAAUAAUUGAUUAUUUAUUUAUUGUAAAUAAAGUAUUGCAGACAGUUCCACCUCACAGAGAUAUCUGACCAGCUUCUUUAUUUUAGGACACAUAAUAAAUAUAACAAGGAUGAAUUCAACUGUUAUGUUAUGAUAAAUGCACCGCUUUUAAAAGUUGCAAGUGAUGAAUGUAAUGUAAAAACUGCAUCAAUAUACAGUACAGGCCAAAGGUUUGGACACACCUUCUCCUCAUUCAAUACGUUUUCUUUAUUUUCAUGACUAUUUACAUUGUAGAUUGUCACUGAAGGCAUCAGAACUAUGAAUGAACACAUUAACAAAAAAGGUGAAAUAACUGAAAACCUGUUUUUAUAUUCUACUUUCUUCAAAACAGCCACCCUUUGCUCUGAUUACUGCUUUGCACACUCUUGGCAUUCUCUCCAUGAGCUUCAAGCACUUUGCACACUCUUGGCAUUCUCUCAACGAGCUUCAAGAGGUAGUCACCUGAAAUGGUUUUCCACUUCACAGGUGUGUUUGAAGCUCAUGGAGAGAAUGCCAAGAGUGUG